UGUGUUGGUGUUGCUUGGCUUGCUUGCUUUCAGCUUUCUUUACUUUGCUUGUACGCGCGUCGUCAGUCAAAUGGACUGUUUAUGUGUAGAAACAUCUAUCGCAUAACACACAAAUCGUAACAACAAACUUGAUUGUUAAUAAUAAACCGAAACCAGCCCUGUACAGUGCCAAUAACAGAAGGAUAUUUGGGAAAUAUGUGAAAGUGACAGUAGCAAAAUCGACAUAGUUUUUGUGUGAUUAUAAUGUUAUUUCGCAUAUUUUCGAGUACCGUCAGUCAGUGUAUCGGCGUUAAUAAAGAAGAUGUUGCGCGUGAGGCAUAGUUCUUGUGUAGUGGAGGACACUUGAUCGGGAACACUAUGUUCGAAGCGGGAUAAGCGUACUCGACUAUAGCACGAUCAGCUAUAAUGCAACACGAGUGUACGCAGGAGGGCGGCAGGAGCAGGUACGAGCGGCGCAGGCCGAGCAAGGUGCUCAAGAUAGCCGAAAGCUUCACGAACUUGGAUGAGACGGCCAAGUCGGGCCGCUACGUGCGGGGCCCGCACUACAAGGCGGGCCGCAGGUAUCGGGACGGCGAGAACGGGAGCCGGACUAAGCGUGCGGUGUGUUGUGAUGAUGAUUGUGAUAAGGAGUCAGGUGUUAGUGAGGAUUGUGAGAGACUCGGUGACCGCAGGGUGACGGGCUCGUCAUGCACGGCCCUCAGGACUGCUGUGGCAGCACUCUAUCCCUUCGACGACUUCACCCUCGAGAAGAUAGGCUCCGGGUUCUUCUCCGAAGUGUUCAAAGUAACGAACAAGACCUCCGGUAAAGUAAUGGUGCUGAAAAUGAACCAGCAGCGCGCCAACAGGCCCAAUAUGUUACGAGAAGUGCAGCUCAUGAACAAACUAAAACAUCCUAAUAUACUCGGCUUCAUGGGCGUAUGUGUUCACGAAGGCCAGCUUCACGCUCUCACGGAGUACAUGGAGGGCGGUUCCCUUGAACAGCUGAUCCUCAGCGAGCCGCCGGAGCCUCUCCCUCAAGCCCUCAGGGUCUCCCUCGCAGCUGAUGUGGCUGAAGGCAUGAUGUACCUACACUCCCUCGGUGUCUUCCAUAGGGAUCUUACUACUAAGAAUGUAUUAUUAAGAAAGUACGGAGAAGGCGACUAUAUGGCCGUCGUUGCUGACUUCGGCCUUGCAGCGAAAAUACCUCAUCCGAACGGCUACCGGCUGCCGAGCGUGGGUUCACCGUGGUGGAUGUCUCCCGAGUGCCUCCGCGGUCGCUGGUACGACCACCGCUCGGACAUAUUCUCCUACGGGAUCAUACUGUGCCAACUUAUCGCCAGGGUGGACGCCGACCCGGACGUGCUCCCGCGCACGGACAACUUCGGCCUCAACUACAUGGCGUUCGUGGAGCUCUGCGACGAGGACACCGUGCCUGACUUCUUGAGGCUCACCUUCAACUGCUGUAUCUAUGAGCCAAAAGCUCGUCCACUAUUCCCGGAAAUAGUGAACAAGCUGGCUGAAGUGAAGGAGAGCCUCGAUGACGCGGCCUGGGGCUCGCUCACCAACAACAACCAGUAUGAGAGUGAGGACGCGGACUCGUCGGGUCCGCGCUCGUGUCCCGGACUGUACGCGUGGCGCCGGCCGCAGCGCUUCCGCUCCGAGGGCAGUCCGCGCCAUCACGAUCAUGAACAACUGCAGCACCGGCGCUCGCUGUCGGAGCUGGAGUGGGGCGCGGCGGGGUGGGGCGGCGCGCGGGCGGGGGCGCGCUCGGCCUGGGCGCUGGGCGCCGCCCCGCCCGCGCCCCGCCUGCCGCGCCUGCACCGCCUGGCGCACAUCAUGCUGCUGCGCGACGCGCACGCCGCGCCCGCGCCCGCGCGCCGCGCGCUCGACACCUUCCGCGGCGUCAAGAAGAUCCUCGAGCCGCACCCCGGCUCCGCGUCCUGCGCCGAGCUGGCGUCGCCGCCCCGCGCCGCGUCGCGCGCGCUGGACCUGUCGGACGACGCGCGCGCCGCGUCGCUGCCGUCCUCGCCCGCGCUGUCGCGCCGCGGCUCGCUGGACGCGCGGCCCGCGCGCACGCCGUCCGGCCACGAGCUGCGGCGCCGCGCCUCCUGCGAGAGCGGCAUCUUCUCCGUGGCCAACGAGGAGCUGUGCCCCGCGCGCUGCGGCCGGGCCCGCGUGUGUCCCUGCUCGCUGGUGGGCUGCCACCGCUGCUGGUGGUGGCGCCCCGCCGCGCCCGCCGCGCCCGCGCCGCCGGGCGAGGUGCGCGCGCGGCUCUGCGCCGCCUGCCUGCUGCAGUACGACCGGGCGCUGGACGCGCGGGCGCGGGACGAGGCCGCGUCGCCCUUCCUGUGCGGCCGCGCGGACGACGCGCCGGCGGCGGGCGGCUCGGCGGAGCGGCUGUGCGAGUACCACAUCCUGGCGUCGUGCUGCUGCGCGCGCUACGAGCCCGCCGCCACCACCAGCGUGUACACGGACAGCUCGGAGGACGUGGCGUCGCUGACGGGCUCGGACAGCCUGUACUGCGAGGAGCGGCUGCCGCGGCACGUGCGCUCGCUGCAGAUCAGCAAGAUCGUGGAGUACUUCGAGCGCAAGGGCGCGGAGUUCACGUGCUCGCGCUCGCGGGCGCGGCCGCGGGGCGGGCGGGGGGGGCGGCUCAGCGUGUGCGACGGCGCCGUGCGCUCCAAGCUGCCGCUGUUCGACAAGCAGUCAUAGCGCGCCGCCGCCGCGCGCCGCCUGCUGCCCGCGUAGCGGCGUAGCGCGCAGCGGCGUAGCGCGCAGCGGCGUAGCGCGUAGCGGUGUAGCGCGUAGCACUAGUGACGAGCAGUGUUCGCGACAGAACAUUGGUGGCAGCCGUACCGUUGACGUGACACAUGCUGAUGCAGUGGGUACCGCUGACUGCGUCCGACGAGCCGCCGGCGACUCUACCGACCCUGCUUCACGUUUGUUUGACUGAUUGUAACUUCGAACUUUAUUUAUAUUUGCAAUAAAGGCGGAAUUUGAGAUUACAAAAAUGGUUGUAGAGGAGAUUAGUCGAAAUUAUCGGUGAUUAUAGUCAAUGUGUGGUUGAAUAGUCCUUUAUGACGUGGCCUAUCCGUAUAUUAUGAUGGCCUUUUAGUCGUUUUUAGUCUAAAUAUUAUAGCCGUCGUCGCGUUCUGAACUUUAGUUUGGCUAACACAUCAGAUACAGUGUUGCAACCUGUAAAUAAUAAUUAAUUUUAGGUUAUGUUUCAAUAACUUUAUAAUUUAUUUUUAUGUUUCCAGUAUUAAAUAUUACUUGCCAGUUUACAGCUACUUUAAGUAUGUACAUAAUUUAAAAUUUAAAGUUAAGUUGUCAUAAUAAACAAGCGUUGGCUGCGGUAGUACUGAACUUAAUAUGUUACGGUAGCAGUUAAAUACUGAUUGCGUUUAAGAGCUAAUUUAUAAUUUAACUAUACAAAGAUUCAAUCGCUAUAUUUCGUUAAACUUCGACAAAGUCAUAUUAUUAUUUAAAAUUAUUAUUUACUUUGAAAUACAUUUUUUAUAUUUAUCUUUACCCUACAUCAUAAAUUAUAUCUAUACUCAUAAUAUACGGACAACAUACGUCCUAAAAUUAUAUAAAGUAACACAAACUUGGUGGUGCGUUGCUAGUCUUUUAAAACGCACCAUUGUGUCGGAAUCCGUCGUAUUCAAUAGUAGAAGAUGGUGUAAACUACUUACCCAGAUAUAUGGAAUAAAUUAAUAAAAUGUACUUGAGAACGAACGCCUCAAACGUGCGUACAUUUAGAGCAAAAGGAUGACUGAUUAUAUGCGUUUUUUUCCUAAAUGUACGCCCAUAUUGAACUAGACGAUUCAUAGAUUAAAGUUUUGAGAAUAUAAUAAAUUGACCCAGUAAGAGAUACGUACUUACCGUUAUCACGGAAUUUCAGUAAACCGAAGAAUAGUAGCCAUAUAAAACGGUUUUCUCGGCUUUCAUCUAUGAGCCUCCGUUCAUUUCACCUUCCACUUUCCUCUAAACAAAAUAUAAUGUACAAAUAUGUGUCAAAAAUCAGACCGAACUAUAGAAAAACAAAUGUUCUGUAUUGCCUGUUACUUUAACUACUACCAAUGUAGUAGAAAUUCUGUAAAUUCUCUAUGAUAUUACGCAAAAAAUAUGAAAUAGCAGGCAAUACCGAAAAUGUUAUAUUAAUAUCAUAUUUUUGUAAAUACAGUAUUAACAUGGUGUAUUUAAAUAUCAUCGUCAUCUUAUAGUAUAUUUUACUUUAAAAUCAUGGUUAUAUUGUUAAAUUCAGGGUAUACAUGGUGUAAAUAUUUAAUGUUGAGAUAAAAUGUGAAAUUCUUGAGCCGCGCUUGCGGUUUACAUGUCAGUGCCAAAAACUAUUAUUUCAAAUAAACAAAUUAUAAAAUCACAUGCUUGGUUCACUGUGGUGUUUCGUUCAGCAUGAUUAAAACCAUGAAAAAACGAUUGAAAACUGAUAAAAAAAUAUUUGUCAAUAAUAAAAUGACUUAACCAGCCGGCUGAACGAGGCGACAUCGUCAACCAAGACCGCCAAGCAUCAGGAUAUCGAAUUAGUGUUGAAACUCAUUAUUUUAUAAAUGAAAGAGCAAUUACGUGUCCGUCCAUAGUUAGACGAAGAAAUGCUUUGUACAGUUGUCCCAUCUGUCGGUACACACCAUUUUACACUCUAUCGGGAUAGACAAAAGGAUGAAAAUUGUGUUACACUGACAGAUGGAACAAAUUCUAAUGUUGCUAUUAGAUAUGGUCGCAUUUCUAUCGACACUUCGCCCGUUGCUCCCUAAUAUGUCCCAAUUGUCCUAAAAGUACAUAUUUUGUACACUUUUUGGGACCUAUUAGUGAACAAUGGGCACUAAUUGGACACUAAGACUGAUAGUGGAAAUAUUUAGCAGCUUUUUGCAGCCAAACUGUCAGAGACAGUGUACUAUAAGCCAUGAGACAAAUGUUAUUAAUAUGAAAUGCUGGACAGAUGGCGCCACUUACGAUUGUCCCUCUAAGAAACAACUGUCUAGUCUAGUGUAUAUAAUAACACCGUCUCAUGUCUUAAUAGUGUUAGCUUUCAUUGUAGUCCAACUAUUUUAUUCUUAUUAAAAUCAUUGCUGUAAAUAUAUACCAUUGUUUUCCUAGCCGAUUUUACUAGAUAAACCCAUUUCAUUGUAAUAUACAAUUGUCAUAUUACAUCAAUGAAUCGACACUGAUUAAAUGGCGAUUCAGAAAUCGUUUUUCUGUAGUUAUAUUCAGCCAAAAACGAAAUAGGAUGGCGUUAACAUAGAACAAACUGUACCUAACUAUAAAUGUAAGGGAAUAACGCAUUUUUAGCGUUAUUUCGAUUCAAUUUAAAUCAUUGUGAUGUGAAUAAAUAAGUAAAUUGA